AGUUCGCCAGGUUUCGAGCGUUGUCUGUUGAUUGAGUGCAUAAUGAUUAUUUAAACGGCCUCCGGUUUUUUUGAAAGUUUAAACUUGACUGCUACAUACAGAUUUUAGGUUAUAUUGCGAGGCAAUAAGUAGAAAUGAUGGCAUCUCACUGGGGAGAAAUGCCAAGCCUCCCAGAUACGGACCCAGGAAUAGCAGCCAUUGAGAGGGAACAAAUGACAAAACCUAGACCCAUGGAAGUAGAAGGUCCCAGGCUUCAUCAGCCUUCAGCCAGGCAUUAUCCACCAACCAGCGAUCCACUUCCAGCGGAGCAGUUUGCUAUUGAUCCUUUGAUGGUUCAUACGAUACGCUUACUUCAGCAUGCAAAGAGACUCAAGAUUAUGACAGUAUCCAUACAGCAACAGAGAGAUAGUAUGAGCCCAGCAGAAUUAGAAGGUAUCAGUUUCCCCAGCCCAUCACCGGUGCCAGAUUGUGAUAGCUUUGGCUGUCACAGAAAAGACAAUGGCAACACUCCCCUGCCAUUUCUUCCUAAAGAUACAGAAAGUGAUUUUUCAAGGGGAAUAGGCAAUGCUCCAUUAGAAAUUGACAGCAUGACAUGUCGGAUGCUGUUAAGAAAUUCAGUGGCAGCAAUUUGUGCACAUGCAGGAUAUGAAACUUGUCCAGAGUCAGUCCUGGAAACAUUGACAGAUGUAAGCCAUGACUAUGUGACCAGACUAACUAAACUGCUACGGACAUCAAAAGACAAUGAGUGUUUGCAUGGCUACACAGGCUUUCAGGAUAUUAUUCAGCAAGUGUUUUUUGAAGUUGGCAUAGGAAGUAUAAGCAACCUUCAUGAAUUCUACCAGACACGGGUGGUCAAUUAUCACAACAAUAUGCUACUGGUUUGCCAGCAGUUAACAGAGGAUUAUGAGAAAGUAAAGCAGCCUAUUACAGAUUCAGAGAUUGGGGAAGAGGAAAAAACAAAGGUAAAGGAUGAAUCCUUUGCUGACAUUCACUUUCCAUCCUCAGAACCAGAGUCAGAUGAUAACACGGAGUCUGAUCAGCCUCUGCAGUUAGAAAGCUUUCAUUCACUGGACACUAGCUCAGACCAAGCAGAUGAAACAGGGAGUCUUCAUCAAGAAGAGGAAGGAAAGUGGACCCAAAAUAUCAAGUCUGAGCCGUCAGAUAUAAAGCCUAUUGUGUUGGAUGACUCAGACUCCCAGCAUCCUGAUGACAACCCACACACACCAGGUGGUCACAUUGAAGCAGAUGACAGUUUGGAGGACUCUUCUGCAGCAGGUUCAGAUAUCAUGAGUCCUCCCUCAGGCCCUGGGAGGUCUAGACCAAAGAAAAAGAGAAAAAGGUGACACAUUUUGCUGAAAACUCGUCAUCAGCCAUGUUGCUGUUACAAUGCCCAAGAUGUGAAAAAUUCAAG